UUAUACUGACUUCUUUGACAAAAAACGUUUAACUAAGAAGACGACUUGUUAAAUUAAACAAAAUUGGUAAGCUAAAAAAGCUAUAAAUUGUUUACAAAAUCGAGUAACAUCAAUUACAAACAAACAUGUUACCUGUGCGAGUGUCGACUUUUAGUGAUGCCGUUUUGGGAGAACCAGAACAAGAUGCAAAUUCAGCCUUAACAGAAUUAGAUAAAGGUUUGAGAUCAGGUCGAGUUGGAGAACAAUGUGAAGCGAUUGUUAGAUUUCCAAGAUUAUUCGAGAAAUACCCAUUUCCAAUCCUUAUUAAUUCUUCUUUUUUGAAACUUGCCGAUGUUUUCAGAGUGGGGAACAAUUUCCUCAGACUUUGGGUGCUUCGAGUUUGCCAGCAGAGUGAGAAACAUUUAGAUAAAAUCCUCAAUAUCGACGAGUUUGUGAGAAGAGUGUUCAGUGUCAUUCACUCCAAUGAUCCUGUUGCCCGAGCUCUCACUCUUCGCACACUAGGCAGUGUUGCCAACAUCAUCCCUGAGAGACAACAGGUCCAUCACAGCAUCCGACGCAGUCUAGACUCUCACGAUGCUGUCGAGGUGGAGGCUGCCAUUUACGCUGCCAUGCAGUUCGCAGCUCAGUCCAAAUCGUUUGCUGUCAGUAUGUGUAACAAGAUCUCUCACAUGAUCCAAGGUCUGGCCACGCCUGCUCAUAUGAAGCUUCAGCUCAUCCCUAUAUUACAACAUAUGCAUCACGACACGUCUACGGCUGCCAUGGUACGACAGCUGUGCACGGACUUGCUGCCCAAGUAUCCUGCGCAAGACUUUGUGGUCGUCACUCUGGGUACACUCACCAAGCUGGCCUCCGCUACUCUGGUGGAGAUUCCCAAUCAGGUGGAGCUGUUGCUGGAUUACCUGGUGAACGACCCUCGUCGUGAGGUGCAGCUGUGUGUGUUGCAAUGUCUACACCAAGUAGCUCAGCAAGGAGCUCACCUAUGGCCUGACACUAGUGUGGCUAGUCUGGUCAAUGUCGCUCGAGGACCACACCCUGCACUCGUCAGUUGUGCGCUCGAUGUCCUCAUAGUGCUCACUCGCUCGGCUGCAGUGUGCAAUGCACACGCUAGGUCUGAUUCAGAACUAAUGGAGCUUUGUCAAGAUACAAGUUACUCCAGCAAUGUUGUCAUCGCCACCAAGUCUAUAAAAAUCCUGACACAAGUGCUUUGUUAUUGUUUCACGGAGGAGUUGGCCAGUGCUGGGCUGGAUGAGAGACUGGACGCAGUAGAGUCGCUGUUCCUGCUGCUGGCGUGUACAGGCACUGAGGCGGCGGCCAUGAGGUCCGUGCUGCGCUGCAUCGUCAACCUGUGCAACGUACAGAAGAACCUGUGUCCUCGCUUUGUACAGCUGAUAGCGACGUGUCUAGUGGAGGACACUGCUGAUUGGUGUUCCGCUCUGCUGUGUGAAGCUUUGGGAGCGAUCGGAGGAAUGCAGCAACACUCGACCGAGGCUUUCCUUAAGUAUUUCCUCAAGAAACUAAACCAGCUGAGUAGUAACGAAAACUCUGCUCAAGACAAUACUCAUACCAAGGUGAUGCUGUGUACUCUAGUGUUCCAAUGUGUCUCAGCUGACCGGUGGCUUACACUAGGUGACCAGUCCACCAUAGAGUCUGUCGUACAGAGUACCAACCUCUGGGCCAAUUAUAGGAUAGCUCGAUCAGCAGCCAGGUAUGGCCACUUCGGUGUGUGUGCUCGCAUCGUGAGCCAGCUUCACGAGCACGUAUCCUCAGAGAACUUUCACUUCUGGUUGUUGACGCUGGAGGAGGUGAGCGCUGGCGAGGCCAGUCUACGAGGAGCGUCUGCGGUGUUGGACCGCCUCGGAGCUGCUACCACUCACUACUACAAGGCUCUGGCUGCCAUCAAGGCGGCCAGUACGCCGGGACAGUCCCUGGUGUUCCAGACAGAGUACCUGCGCCUGCGUUGUGAGAUGCUGCAGUGUUUGUCCCAGCUGGUGGCCACCUGCAAGAGCUUCUGCACGGCUCCUCCACCUGCCAUCUCCGCCACUAUAGUGCAGACCACACGAGACGAUCUGCAGCGCUUCGGCAACAUCACUAACCGAUUACGGAAGUGUAUCAAGGAAUUUCAGACUUGUGGGGAACUUUAUUGGAAACUUUACCAAUCAGCGUUUGACGCCGACAUCAGCUCAUUGAACAAUAUUCAAAUACUGCAGCACAUGUGUGCUCUUAUGGCCCACAAUAUAGAGUGUGUCGCAGUGACCAACCACCAGGGCGACGAACCCGCUCUUGAUGCCAGUCUGCAGAAGAGCUGCCUGGAGACACAGCUGAUGGUUCAGUGUUGCCAACGAGCUGCUCUCACAGCACGGUCAAUAGACAAGUCCAUCAAGCCUAUCACACAUUUGCACUUGGAAUGUCUCAUGAAGCAGGUGGAGGUCAUCUUGGAAGGAUCUUUGUGUCUUCCUCGCUUCUUCUUCCAAGUUCUGCAGUCUACAAGUGUUAAGCUGGCAGUCACUCCGCAGCCCAGAGUGAACGGAGAGUAUCUGAGCGUAGCCGCAGGGUCCCAGCUGGCUGUCAAGGUGGAAGGAGUGAUACAACAUGGCUCCAGACCUGGGCAUUUCCGCUCCGUCAAAGGUGUUCUAUUGACGCUCAGUUCACAGCUUACCUCUCGCCCACAAGCCACGUCUACUGACACUAAGUCGGGAGAUGGUGGUGUGGUGUUGUGGCAGAGCGUGACGCCACACAGAGAUUUCUUUACAGCUCAGUUCCUACUGGCGCUGGGGGCCGGGGGUCAGCAUACAGUUACUGUGGAGGCAGCGGUGCAAGACGACGGGGGCAACGUGUGGACCACCGGCCCCCGCCAGACUCUCAAUGUCAAGAGUACAGACGACGCAUCCACCUCCCGUACGCCCCGCACCUCCUUCUAGCCAGUGUAUGUGAAAUAACUUGUACAUAGAAUAGAAUUUUUACUACUUUGGACUUCUCAGUUGUAAGUAGUGUUUAGAUUAAUUUACAGAUUUGGCUGAAAUGUAAAAAAAAUAUUUUGAUAGUUCAUUUUACCUAUGGUUAACAUUUUUCUUUUAGCAAAAAUUUGUUAACGCCAUUUAUUUAGCCUGAUUUACAAAAAGGUUUGACUAUCGAGACCAAGUCGAUCUUUAAACUAUGUAAUAGUAUUGAUAAGACAAUACUUUGGCUGCAAGUGAUGGCAAUUGAUUAGAUCUCAAGUAUUUCCAAGCUUUUUAAUAAACAAAGACCACUGUUGAUUGUAUUUGCAAAUGUUUUGCUUCCCAAA